GCCACGGCCACCACAACACCAGCACUAACAAAUCCCCAAAAAAAAAGUCUAGCCACAGCCCACAGCACUUCUUCUCCACAACGACCCCACAGAGGGCCAGAGCAAGACAUCCGCACCGCAUCGCAUAUACCCAGAGCUGUGAUCGCUGCCAUUAAUUCUCCCCUCAUAGGCCUCCAACAAGGUCGAUGGAGGAACAACACAUGGCUGGGCCGCCGUACCGCUACCGCCUUCAGCAUCGCCGGCUGAUGGACAUAGCACCCGCAAGCGCGAGCGACGACGAUUCAGGGCAUCACGGCUCCAACGGGAUGGCCAUCAUGGUGUCGAUCCUGGUGGUGGUCAUCGUCUGCACCCUCUUCUACUGCGUCUACUGCUGGAGAUGGAGGAAGCGCAACGCUGUCAGGAGAGCGCAGAUAGAGAGGCUGAGGCCGAUGUCCAGCUCGGACCUGCCGCUCAUGGACCUGUCCUCCAUCCACGAGGCCACCAACAGCUUCUCCAAGGAGAACAAGCUCGGCGAAGGCGGUUUCGGGCCCGUCUAUCGGGGCGUGAUGGGCGGCGGCGCGGAGAUCGCCGUGAAGCGGCUGUCGGCUCGGUCGCGGCAGGGCGCGGCGGAGUUCCGCAACGAGGUGGAGCUGAUCGCCAAGCUGCAGCACCGGAACCUGGUCCGCCUGCUGGGAUGCUGCGUCGAGAGGGACGAGAAGAUGCUCGUCUACGAGUACCUCCCCAACCGAAGCCUCGACUCCUUCCUCUUCGAUAGCAGGAAGAGCGGGCAGCUGGACUGGAAGACGAGGCAGAGCAUCGUCCUGGGGAUCGCCCGCGGCAUGCUGUACCUGCACGAGGACUCGUGCCUCAAGGUCAUCCACAGGGACCUCAAGGCCAGCAACGUGCUCCUGGACAACAGGAUGAACCCUAAGAUCUCCGACUUCGGCAUGGCCAAGAUCUUCGAGGAGGAGGGCAACGAGCCUAACACGGGCCCCGUGGUUGGCACCUACGGGUACAUGGCUCCGGAGUACGCCAUGGAGGGCGUCUUCUCGGUGAAGUCAGACGUCUUCAGCUUCGGGGUGCUGGUGCUAGAGAUCCUCAGCGGGCAGCGGAACGGCUCCAUGUACCUCCAGGAGCACCAGCACACCCUGAUUCAAGAUGCCUGGAAGCUGUGGAACGAGGACAGGGCGGCGGAGUUCAUGGACGCGGCGCUGGCGGGGUCGUACCCGCGGGACGAGGCGUGGCGGUGCUUCCACGUGGGGCUGCUGUGCGUGCAGGAGAGCCCGGACCUCCGGCCCACCAUGUCCAGCGUGGUGCUCAUGCUCAUCAGCGACCAGACGGCGCAGCAGAUGCCGGCGCCGGCGCAGCCGCCGCUGUUCGCCAGCAGCAGGCUCGGCAGGAAGGCGUCCGCGUCGGACUUGUCGCUGGCCAUGAAGACGGAGACGACCAAGACGCAGUCCGUCAACGAGGUGUCCAUCUCCAUGAUGGAGCCACGGUGAGACGAGGGGGGGCGGGGGGGCUUGCUUGAUCGUCAACCAACAAGUGUCCGUCUCCGUCUCCGUCCCAUCCGCAUGAGAAACCCUUACUCGGGGAGCCGUCGUGAUUUGCUUGGUUCUUUGAUCAGCAACGGCGGCAACAACAGCAGGCACACUUUUCGUCGAGGAUACGCUGUGCGUCGUCGUCGGUGCGCGCGUGUAUGUGUGUGUGAUGGUUACGGAUGUCUUGCGAGCCGUAAUCGCGCUGGGAAAGUCCCAGCCUUUGUCGCGGGGAAAAUCUUGUAGCCAUGACAUGUGCAGCGAGAAAAACGCCUUUGAGUUUGAGACUAGAA